AUGGUAUGGCUACAUUACAUCACAGAUGUCAUGCCAGCCAAGGCUAAAGAAAGACCUGUCGCCGCUGGGAGAUCUCAGAAACUGGAGCCUCCAGAGAAACGACCAGUUUUCCGACUGACAAUGACGCAUCAAUGGAUGUGUUGGUCUUAUCCGUGGAUGGUGGACAAGCAUGUUCAUCUAGCCCCCCUGUGUCAUGUUCUGAGAGCGAGACGGUGUCCGCUGUAUGGAGGCAGCUCUUUCACCAACAUCGAGGCUUGUCUCAUACUCGUAAUGAUAUUUUUUAAGUUUCGGCUUACGAGGGAAUGUUUGGGCCAAAUCCUCUCUGGUUUCUCGGCAAUGCUACUAUCGUCUAACACACUUCCGCACACAGCUUUCAAAUUCUUUAAGCUCCUCUCACAAUUCCAGAGGGGAAAAGGACUUUGUAACCACUUUUAUUGUCUUAACUCUGAGGAAGCGACAGUCUGUCCAACUUGUGAUCAGGCCUGCCGGAGCAAGGGCACUUUUCUGCAAAUGAGUUUUGCCGACACACUACGAUCAUUUCUGGAAGACGACAGAAUAUACGCCUACUUCCCCGAAACUUCCGGCAAAACAAGUAACAAGCCAGUUAAGGAUAUUGUCGACAGCUUAAUGUAUCAAGAACAGCCUGCUAAUUCGUCCAAAUUCAACUUCUCACUCCUGUGGAACACUGAUGGUGUGCAGGUUUUCAAAAGCUCAACUAAAUCACUCUGGCCAGUUCAUUGCACCAUCCCUGAUUUACCGCCGCUGCUCCGAAAGAGAUUUCAAAUUUUGACGCUCCUGUGGUUCGGUGUGAAGCCGACGAUAAACACAUUUUUGAGGCCUUUUGUCCUGGAAGUGAUAGAGCUUGCCACUAACGGACUAACUUGGCGACAUCCCGAAACGGUAAAGACCAUUGUUUCAUACAUUAUGGCCCCCAUCUCGUCUGUCGACGCUGUUGCGCGACCAAUGCUCCAAGCCAUCAGGCAGUUUAAUGGUUUGUAUGGGUGUUCCUUUUGUGAGCACCCAGGAAAGUCAUACCUACUGCAGAGCAAGGGGCAUGUGAGAGUCUACCCUCCUGGAAGAACGUACCUGUCGAGGAACGGUCGGCAGAUGAGGCGGCAGGCUUCUCAAGCUGUGACAAGAGGGUAUUCAGUGAAAGGUGUCAAAGGUCCAACUGUCCUCUUACCAUCGUUUGAUAUCUGCACUGGGUUUGCAGUCGAACAUAUGCAUUGUGUAUUGCUGGGUGUGGUGAAAACUUUUUUGGGCAUGUGGUUCGAUUCAAAACAUCAUGAGGAGCCAUGCUACUUGGGCCGUCAUCUUCAGACAAUUGACAACCGCCUUUUGACCAUUAGACCGCCGGAUUAUAUUAGCAGGUGCCCGCGCUCCCUUAAGCAUCGUUGUUACUGGAAGGCAAGCGAGUUGCGAGCCUGGCUAUUGUUUUAUUUUCCCGUUUUUUCGUACAGCCUCCCGGAUGCCUACCUACAACAUUUUGUUCUUUUGAUUGGUGCCGUCUACAUGUUGCUUUCCGAGUUAAUUUCGAAGGACCAAAUUGACCUUUCACAGAUGCUUUUGUUUCGGUUUGUUGAUGGUGUUCAUGAGCUGUAUGGGGAACGUUUUUGUUCUUUCAACGUACACCAGCUAACACACGUCGCAGAGUCAGGCAGGAACUGGGGACCGCUUUGGGCCACAUCGGCAUUUUUGUUUGAGGACAGGAAUGGGCAAUUAGUGCGCCUUGUCAAAGGGACCCAAGCUGUCGACAAACAACUAGGAAGCCUGGUGGGCAUCAGCAAUGCGUUAAGUGCUAUGUAUAGGCAUGUGAGGCCGCAGUCUCGUGCUAAAAUGGUCUUGAGCAAGUUAGACACUGUUCAUUUCACAAGACUGUGUGCUCCCAACAGCUUUGUGUGUCAUGGCCGGUCAUGCAAAGCAACUGCAAUACUGAGGACAGCUUUGACAUCUUUCUUUUCUAACACAGACAACCUAAAUAUCUACAAAAAAGCUACAAUUGGCUCACAGACAUUUUCCUCUAGGCUCUGCACCAACCAGACCCGAAGGAACAAUUUCAUUGUGAUGUAUGUUGUUGACGAACAACGAACUUUUGCUCUAAUUCGGUGCUUUGUUAAGUACAAAGAACAGUUGUUCUUGGUACAGCAGAAGCUGCAUGAAUGCAGUGUGCAGUACGUCCAUGAGGAAACUAGAUUCUCAGUCCCGCACAUCAUUGCAGUCCGCCAAAGCGUUCGUCUUGAUGUGGUCCCAGUUCCAUCAACAAUGACGAAGUGCAUAGCUGUGCUAGAUUUCGUGUGCAUUUCCCCCAACAACUACGAGAUGAAUUUGUAGUUUCUUCCUUGAGGUCAGCUUUCAUGUUUCGAUUGUCUGAAAUUAUACGAGGCAGCACUGAAAACUUCU